AUGACCUGCGCUGCCUGCCAUAAGCAGGCCUGGGGCUGCCGCUAUGCCCAGCUGCGUCCCCUCCGGCCCAUCCGGCUACCCCCUCCGGUGCCCCUGGUCCCGGCAGCCCAGAAGCCCCUGAGCCAACAGGACUGGUACCACGGCUCCAUCCCCCGGCAGGAGGCUCUGGCCCUGCUGGCAGGUGAGGGCGACUUCUUGGUGCGGGAAAGCCAGGGACAGCCGGACAAGUGUGUCCUAUCCGUGAUGGCUGGAGGGCAGUGUCGACACUUCAUCAUCCAGAGCUGCAAUGGCCAGUACUGCUUGGAGCCCAUGGGUGCUGCCGCUCCCAGCAUCCCUGCCCUGAUCCAUCUCUACCUGCAGUCGCACCAGGGGCUCACCCAGAAGUGCCCCUUUCUCCUGCGCCAGCCUGUGAUCAAGGCGAAAUGGAACCUGGGCCCGGAGGACGUGGUGCUAGGGGAGCUGCUGGGCUGCGGCAGUUUCGGGGAGGUGUACAGCGGGCGCCUGUUGCAUGACAACACCCCCGUGGCCGUGAAGAUUUGCAGGGAGCCCCUAAGCCCAGAGACCAAGGCCCGGUUCCUUCAGCAGGCCAGGACACUGAGACGGUACCGCCACCCCAACAUCGUCUGUGUUGUGGGCGCCUGUGCCCGCCAGCCGCCCGUCUUCAUUGUCAUGGAGCUGGUGACGGGGGGGGAUCUUUUGUCCUUCCUCCGCUGCGAGGGCUGCCGGCUGUGGGUGCAGGACCUCCUCUGCUUUGCCAUUCAGGCCGCCGCUGGCAUGGCCUACCUGGCCAGCCACCACUGCGUCCACAGGGCCCUGGCUGCCCACCACUGCCUGUUGGGGGAAGGCAACAUGCUGAAGAUCAGCAACUUCGGCCUGUCGUGGCAGGAGGGCAACGGCAGCGGGAAGCAUGUCCCGGUCAAGUGGACAGCCCCAGAGGCGCUGAGUGAAGGUCGGUACUCGACGGAGAGUGACACCUGGAGCUACGGGGUCCUGCUCUGGGAGAUCUUCAGUCUGGGGGCUGCGCCCUACCCCGGCCUGUCCAGCAAGCAGGUGUUGAGCCAGACGCAGCGCGGGCUGCGGCUGCGAACCCCGGCACGCUGCCCAGCAGAGCUCUGUGACCUGAUGCUGCGAUGCUGGGAAGCCCAGCCCAGCCUCCGACCCUCCUUCGGCACCAUCCACCGGGAGCUGAUGCAGCUGCAGCAGGAUGACAAGUGA